AUGUCGCACUCUCACGACGGCGGUCACUCUCACUCUCACGACGGAGGCUUCAAUGCUGUUGAGCAUGGCCACUCCCAUGAGAUUCUCGAUGGCCCAGGAAGCUUCCUGGGUCGAGAGAUGCCAAUCGUAGAAGGGCGAGAAUGGUCCGAGAGAGCUUUCACUAUUGGCAUUGGAGGUCCCGUCGGUUCCGGAAAGACUGCCCUCAUGCUCGCCCUGUCCCUCGCUCUCCGAAAGGAAUACUCCCUCGCUGCCGUGACGAACGACAUCUUCACCCGCGAAGACGCAGAGUUCCUUACCCGAAACAAAGCCCUCCCGCCUCCUCGCAUCCGUGCCAUUGAGACCGGUGGUUGUCCCCACGCCGCUGUGCGUGAAGAUAUCUCACAGAACCUCGCUGCAUUGGAGGACCUGCACCGCGAGUUCGACACUGAUAUUCUUCUGAUUGAAUCAGGAGGCGACAACCUCGCUGCGAAUUAUAGUCGUGAACUUGCCGAUUUCAUCAUCUACGUUAUCGAUGUCAGCGGCGGUGACAAGAUUCCUCGAAAGGGUGGUCCUGGUAUCACGCAGAGUGAUCUUUUGGUUGUGAACAAGACCGAUCUGGCUGAGAUUGUUGGUGCAGACCUUGGUGUCAUGGAGAGAGAUGCUCGAAAGAUCCGAGAAGGUGGACCAACGGUCUUUGCGCAGGUGAAGAAGGAUGUUGGCGUCGAUCACAUUAUCAGACUCAUCAAGAGCGCAUGGAAGGCCAGUGGCGCAGAGGAAGAGAGACGAAGCAAGGGAGGUCCCAGACCAACAGAAGGUCUGGAGCAGCUGGAGUAA